AUGUCGCGCGCGUUCGACCGAGUCUGGAGAGCGGGGCUGUACAGUAAGAUGAUCCCGAUGGGCAUGCCGACGUGCAUCGUCCAAUGGGUCUACGGCUUCCUGAGCGACCGCCGAACACGAGUCCGGUUCGACGACACGAAUAGCCGCUCCUUCCCGCGAAAGCCGGAACUCCACAAGGCAGCGUCCUGUCGCCGAUACUGUUCCUGA